AUGUUAUUGGGGGAGAACGCAACAGAAGCACUAGCAGUAGAUUCUAACAAUCAGUCGAAGUCCCCACUGGAGAAAUUUAUGGUCAAACUGUGCACGCACCAUCAGAAGCAGUUCAUUCGUGUUCUGAACGACCUCUACACUGAGUCUCAGCCAGGCACUGAGGACCAGCAACCUUCUGGCUCUGGAGCAAUGGACACGUCCACUUGCAGUGCUGGCUGUACCCAGCUGAGCACCAAACAACAGGCCCUGAAGGAGCCGCCCCCCGAUACAAACUCUGUAGAUGGAAGAGAAAAUGCCUUGACUCUUGUCCAGAAAGAUUCCUCUGAACUUCCAACCACUAACCCCACUUCUGGUAGUUCAAUGGAUAGUUCCUCUCUGGGAUACCUCACUGCAUCUAAUUCUUCUUCGUUAAACUUCCACCACAUCUCAAAGAGCUUAGAGGGUCAAACCACUGGACAGGAGCAAGACACAAAUGUGAAAAUAUGUGAGGAUGGUAAAGACCAUCUGCAGAGUUCAGCUUUAGUGGAUAGUCUGAUUACAGUCAAGGCGGCAGCUGAGAACAGCGAGGAGAGUAACAGUGGGAUUAUUUCUCAAAGAAACUCAUUCAAAGAUUUAUCAGGAGAGGCUUGGGACUCUGAGUUUGCGGGGAAUUCACCGAGAACUGCUGACAAAGAGAAUGCUUUACAGUGUAGCUCAAAAACAUCUUUGCACCAGGAUUUUGAGGCAAGUGAACAAGAUUCAAGGCCAAAGCAAGAAAACCAUCUUCAUUCACUAGGAAGAAAUAAGGUAGGUUACCAUUUACAUCCCAGUGAUAAGGGUCAGUUUGAGCAUCCCAAAGAUGGUUGGUUAGCUCCCAGUCCCAUGCCAGCUGUACACAAAGCAUCUAAUGGACAUCCGAGAACCAGGAUGAUAUCAACCUCCAUUAAGACAGCUCGGAAAAGUAAAAGGGCAUCAGGGUUGAGGAUAAAUGAUUAUGAUAACCAGUGUGAUGUUGUUUAUAUCAGUCAGCCAAUAACAGAAUGUCAUUUUGAGAAUCAGAGAUCAAUACUAUCUUCUCGGAAAACAGCCAGAAAGAGUACUCGAGGAUACUUUUUUAAUGGUGAUUGUUGCGAGUUGCCAACUGUUCGCACACUGGCCAGAAAUGUACACUCCCAAGAAAAAGCAAGCUGCUCAGUAACAGCAUCAGAGGUCAGUCCCAAGCAGACCCUUACGAUUCCAGCCCCUAGACCUACAGAAGAUGCUCAGCUUCCCAGAGGAGACAACCCUGAAGAACCUAAUAAAGAAAUAACCUCCCUCAAGGAAGGAGACCGAGAUGCUUCCUCUGAAAAGGAAUCUCAAGAACCUGAGGCUUGUGCCAUGACCAAUGAGCAAAAUCUGAGCAGCUCCCCUGGGUCCAAGGAAGCAGCAACCUCUGGCCUGGUGUGGCCUCUCCCAGUCCCCCCUCCUGAUGAGGAUAUGCCAGAAGGCAGCUCCAUGCUCCCAGCUCCCAUACCCAGUGGGCUGCCUUCCCCUGGGCGUGACCAGCAACCUGAUGAACUGCUGGAGACAAAGGAGAUGAGUGUACCCCAGGACUACGCCCUGGCUCCCUCCACUGAGAGUAUUUGUGAGGGAGCCAGUGAAGAUGUUGUUUCCAGUCCUCCUUAUUCUCCUGGAACAGUCUGUAAAGAAGAAAGUCCUCUGUGCUCCGAAUACCAAAGUCCGCCAGUGGAUGUGGAGCCUCCCUUGAGCCCGGAAAGGGCUGAGGACAACCAAAGGAUCAGCACUGAAGCCAAGGCUGAAGACACUCAGGAGCUAGGCAACGACCCACUCUUAAAAGAAAACAGCACACUGACAGAUGAGGACACCAGUGAAAUUGAGGGCAGUGAGGCAGCAGGUUGUACAGGAAAAUUAGGAGGAGAGGGAGAAGAUGGAAAAUAUCCUUCGGAAAAAGUUGUGUGUGAUGCAAACAUUGACUCACCCGAAGAGAAUUUAGACAAGAAGAAAAAAGCUAAAAAAUUCCCUGAGGCCUCUGAUCGGUGUCUAAGAAGUCAACUUUCAGAUUCUUCCUCUGCUGACAGGUGCCUAAGAAGUCAGAGUUCAGAUUCUGCCUCCAAUUAUGCUGAGAUUAAGGUUUCUAAACCUGCUGGUGCAAAACGUUCUAAAAAAGAUGAGCAACCAGGUGGGACAACACCUGACGACUUCCGACCCGACAGUUUCCAUGCAAAAGCUCUGGAGGGCACGGAAAACCCAAACGUGCGUGAAAAUCCCUCUGAGAAAGUUGCAGAACAGGAGGGUGAAGGAGGAGGGGUCAUUACUAGGCAGACUUUUAAAAACAUGCUGGCAAAAGAAGUCAAAGAGGAAGGAGGUCACUUCCCCAGUGGUGACCCCUCAGCCACAGCUGUUCAGCCCUUACCUGGAGAGAGACUGGAGAUCUACGUUCAGUCUAAGUCGGAUGAGAAAACUGUCCAUGAUCCCUCAGAAAGCAUUCCUUGUACCUUCCCAGAACAAUCAAAAGAGAAGCCAGGACCACUUCCUACGCAGGAUGUGGAGGAGGCCGCAGAGGAGGGCAGCAGUGCACACACCCAGCCCAGAGAGGAUGCUGAGGUGGCCUCAGGUGCACUUGCAUUGUCGAGCAGUGGAAGUGGCAAUGGUGCUGGCCAGGCAAAAUGGGCGCCAAGGCCUACAAGACUGACCUCUUCAACCUACAACCUAAGGCAUGCUCAUUCUCCGGACUCCUUGGAGACUACAAAAGCGACUUUGGAAAAGGAAGCCGCAGGAGGACACCCGGCACCAAAGGAAAGUGAGGCUUCCGAGAGCGGAGAGCCCGAAGGGGAGGGUGAUGUGGACACAGCCGGAGAUGACCAGCCCAGGUUUGUGGAGUGGUGUGCGGAGGAGGAGAACCAAGAGCUCAUCGCCAACUUCAAUGCCCAGUACAUGAAGGUUCAGAAGGGCUGGAUUCAGUUGGAGAAGGAAACCCAGCCAACACCAAGAGCAAGGAACAAGUCAGAUAAACUGAAGGAGAUUUGGAAAAGCAAGAAAAGGUCACGAAAAUGUCGGGGUUCUUUGGAAGUGCAGAAGUUUUCUCCUGUUCAGAUGCUGUUUAUGACAAACUUUAAAUUAUCCAAUGUCUGCAAAUGGUUCUUAGAGACAACAGAAACCCGGUCUCUGGUAAUUGUGAAGAAGCUCAAUACUCGUCUUCCAGGAGACAUCCCCCCUGUGAAGCAUCCUCUGCAGAAAUACUCUCCUUCCAGCCUGUACCCUAGCUCAUUGCAGGCUGAACGCUUGAAAAAACAUUUGAAGAAAUUUCCUGGAGCAACUCCAGCUAGGAACAAUUGGAAAACGCAGAAGCUCUGGGCUAAAAUUCGAGAAAAUCCUGACCAAGUGGAGCCAGAGGAUGGCAGUGAUGUCAGCGUCAGCCCCAGUUCUGAGAACAUUAUAGAGGAGGUCAAGGAAGGCAGAAGCAGCCAUCCCCCCACAAACUCGCCUACCCCUGCCAGCACCCGGAUCCUUCGAAAAUAUUCUAAUAUUCGAGGAAAGCUCCGGGCCCAGCAACGACUGAUCAAGAAUGAGAAAAUGGAAAGCCCCUUCGGCCCUACCGUGGAGAAUAAACAGAGUUUCAAAAGUGUAUGUAUCAACCCUCUGAUGUCCCCCAAGCUGGCCCUGCAGGUGAACGCAGAUGGGUUUCCUGUUAAGCCCAAGAAUAUUGACGGAAUGAAGGGAAGGAAAGGGAAGCAGCCACCCAAAACCUUGCCGAAAACAGACGUUCAGAACAAACGCAAGAGAACCGAAGGCAGCAGCACUCAGGACAGAAGGGACAAGGCGUCAGCCCCGAAAGCCAGCAGGGAGAAGCACAGCGACGCGCCCAGCAGAGUCCCUGCCGCCAAGAAGCCGGCUGCAAGGGACAAGGUCAGCCCGCCGCCCAAAAAGCCAUCUUUGAAAGAAAAAGCGAAAGUCCCAAAAAAGCCCUCUGGGAAGAGCUGCCUUCCCUCCAGGAAAGAAAAAGAGAAUGCCAACAAAAAACCCACCCAGCCCACCACCUUGGAGACGGCCGCGAAACCUUUAAAGCCAAAAGGGUCGAGUGAAUCUUCUUCAAGGUCACAGAAAGCCACAAGCAGGAGGCAGAGUAGUGGAAAGACCCGGGCCAGACCCUUGACGAAAACUCCGGAGAACAGUGCAAGCCAGAGAAAGCGAAAGCUGAAGGCAAAGCUGGACCCUUCCCACAGCAAACGGAGACGUCUGGAUGCCAAGUGA